ACCAACACCACCAGAAUGGCCUUCACUGGAAGAUGGGAAACCGAGACCCAGGAGGGAUACGAUGAGUUCUGUCAGCUGAUCGGAAUCCCUGAUGACAUCAUCGAGAAGGGCCGUGACUACAAGAUCCUCACAGAUAUCAUCCAGAAUGGGGAUGACUUUGCCUGGACACAAACCUACCCCCAAAAUACCAAGAUCACAUWCAACUUCACCAUCGGCCAAGAGUGUAGCAUGCAGACCAUUGGAGGAAAGAGAUUUAAGGCUACAGUUAACAUGGASGAAGACAAGCUGAAUGUAAACUUGCCCAACUUCAGCCAAAUCACCGAGCUCAGUGGGGACAAACUCAUCGAGACAUUAACAGCUGGAUCCAAAGUGCUGACGAGAACCAGCAGGAAGAUCUAACCAAGUCCAUGAGACCAGCGGGACACAAGCUCCUCAAGACCUCGACAUAUGGCUCUGUAGGGCUGAGGAGAGCCAGCAGAAACUGCUGUUUGACUUUUGACUUUUGGCUUAAUUCAACAGAAAUCUAUCAACUGUAGCAAAAUCAUUUAAUAAAGUUAGUUAUGCAAGCAUAAA